AUGAUCCCGCCGCAGGGUAUCCCUUCGAUCGCCGCGGGCCGUGGGCGCUGCCGGCCCGCCCUCGCCCGCGCCACGACCACGACCGUUGCGAAGAUUGACAUCGCCUCGAGGGCAUUCGGCGUGGAUGCCGACGACCUGAAGAGGAUGAUGGAGUCUCCGGACGGCGGGGCGAUCUCACGGGAGGUGCCCGACGCUCGGGCGCUGGCGACGGCGCUCCGGACGGACCUGGUGGAUGGGAUCGCCGGGGGGGAUCUCGAGGAGCGCAGAAAGGUUUUUGGAUCGAACAGGGUGGCGCCCAGGGCGCCCGUGGCGUUCCUGGACCUGGUGUGGGAGGCGCUGCAGGACUUCACGCUGCUGGUGCUGAUCGCCAGCGGGCUGCUGUCGCUGUCGCUGGAGGCGGGGCUGGCCGGGGGCGGCGGGGGCGGGAACUGGAUCGAGGGGGCGGCGAUUCUGGCGUCGGUGUGCGUGGUGGUGGCGGUUACAGCGGUGACAAACUACCAGAAGGAGUCGAAGUUCAGGGAGCUGAAUGCUUUGAAGGACGACGUGAAGGUUCGAACCAUCAGGGAAGGGGUGGAACAGGAAGUCAGCUCAUUUGACCUUGUGGUUGGCGAUUUGGUUAUAGUGGAGGCAGGAGACAUCCUUGAGGCAGAUGGUGUCCUAUUUCAGGGUGAUGAAAUCAAGGUUGAUGAAAGCCACUUGACUGGCGAGUCCGAUGACGUGGUGAAGACACCAGAGGAAUUGUGCCUCAUGUAUUCAGGGUCCAAGGUUAUGCAGGGAUACGGGCAGAUGUUGGUGGUGGCGGUGGGACCGAAUUCUCAGCAGGGUCUCAUAUCGACCUUGGUAUCUGGAACUGGGGUACAAGAGAGGAGUCCAGAAGAUUCACUGAGGGACACCACUGUAUUAACUCAGAAGCUGGAGCGCUUGGCCAAGCAGAUCGGGAACUUUGGUGUCCUGGCUGCUGGAGUCACUCUUAUUGCACUGGUGUCACACUUUUCCUGGGACACCUUCGUUGUGAACGCUGAGCCAUGGGACUGGGAGUUCUUGGAGACAUAUCUCCACUAUCUAACCACGAGUAUUACCAUUCUGGUGGUUGCAGUACCUGAGGGCUUGCCCCUUGCUGUCACCCUUGCCCUUGCUUUCUCGGUUCAGCGCAUGAUGGCAGACAACAAUUUGGUCAGACACCUCGACGCCUGUGAAACCAUGGCAUGCGCAACCACAGUGUGCAGUGACAAGACUGGCACCUUGACUCUCAAUGACAUGAGAGUUGUUCGGCUUUGGGCAGGGGGAAGAUUGUACAGGGUUUCAGCAUCCCAGCACGGCUCUGACUUGGCAAGUUCAUCAGGACAUGGGGCGAUGGAUAUUGACCAUGUUGGUGGGCAUGUGUCAGGGCUACUGCCACCAUUGAGUACGAUGCUGACCGAGUCUAUAGCCAUUAAUUCAACGGCCUGCAUGGAAGUGGAUGGUGAAACAGGCGAAGUUGAGCUGCUUGGCAACCGCACUGAAUGUGGCUUGCUGAAGUUUUUGGGAGAAGAUUUGAGGGCUGACUACAAGGGCGUCCGAGAGUCCAAGAGGGUUCUGCGGACUUGGCCAUUCUCCUCAGACAGGAAGAGGAUGGCAACCCUUGUGGCUGAUGACAAUGGGACAGGUGUUGGAAUCUACCAUGUCAAGGGUGCUGCAGAGAUUGUUCUAGAAUUGUGCACCAGGCAGAUUUGUGAAGAUGGCUCCCGCACUGAGCUUACUGAAGAGUCCAAGUUGUCGAUGCUGCCAGCAUUUGGAAACAGCGGUUUGCGGUUGCUUUGCUUGGCAUUCAAGGAAGUGCCCCUUGAGAGUGAGGGGGCCACUGCUGGUGGCUCUUUGCCUGGCGACUGUCAGGCUUCAGACCAGCUGGAUCGAGAUUUGGUCUUGCUGGGCAUCGUUGGUCUUCAGGACCCCGUGAGGCCGGAAGUCCCUAGGGCGAUUGAGCAGUGCCAGAGGGCAGGCGUCGCUGUGAAAAUGUUGACGGGUGACAAUGCGGCAACAGCAUCAGCGAUCGCACAGGAAUGUGGCAUUCUGCCACAACUUGAACCAACAGCCUCCUCUUCUGGUGAUUUCAGAGUUGCAAGCGAUGGCACAGAGGAAGCUUCAUCAAGGGCCGCAGGGGCGUUGGAAGGCUGGAUGCCAUCUUGGAAUGGGUCCAAAGGUCCUCUGGUUCUUGAAGGGCCCCAGUUUAGGACCCAGGUGCUGCGGGAGGAUGGAACUCUGAACCAGGAGGCAUUUGAUGAACUUUGGCCAAAGUUUCGAGUGAUGGCACGGUGCUCUCCGCUGGACAAGUACACUAUCAUCCAAGGGGUGCAUGCAUCCCGGCUGAAGAAGGGCCGGGAGAUCGUCGCCAUGACUGGAGAUGGCACAAACGAUGCCCCCGCUCUGCGGAUUGCUGACGUCGGGUUUGCGAUGGCCUCGGGCACACCUAUCGCGAGGGAGGCCUCGGACAUCCUGCUGCUGGACGACAGUUUCACAAGCAUCGUCAGCGCUCUGAAAUGGGGACGAAACGUGUAUGCCAGUGUCUCGAAGUUCCUUCAGUUUCAGCUGACGGUUAACGUGGUGGCCGUGCUGACGGCAUGUGCUGGCGCCCUGUGGCUCAAGGAGUCGCCCCUAUCAGCAGUACAGAUGCUCUGGGUGAACCUCAUAAUGGACUCCCUCGCCAGCCUGUCGCUGGCCACUGAAGCCCCCAAAGACGACGUCCUCGACUCCGUCCCGUACGACCCCCUUGCUUCGCUCGUCACGCCCACAGUCCUGCGCAAUAUCGUGGGCCAGAGCGCAUACCAGCUCCUUGUCAUGUAUAUCCUGGUCUUCCAUGGCUCCGCGAUCUUCCAAGUCGACCAGGCCCACGAGUUCACAAUCGUGUUCAACGCGUUCGUGUUCAUGCAGCUCUUCAACCAGGUCAAUUCCAGGAAGAUACAUGACGAAGGGAACGUGCUGGAGGGGCUGCUGGGCAACAAACUCUUUUGCGGCAUCCUUGGGCUGGAGGCCGCUGCGCAGGUCCUCAUUGUGCAGCUUGGAGGGGCGGCAUUUCAGACCACGCCUCUGACGCUGACGGAGUGGGAAGUGUGCGUUGGAUUGGGAGCGUUGUCGCUGCCGGUGAGGGAGGUCUUGAGGCGAAUCAGGCCCUUCGAGAAGUUGAAAGAAGUCGUAGACUAA